CAGAUGUAAAGAAGAAUUUAACAAGGGAUUUCUCUGAUGGAGUCCUGAUGGCUGAACUUUGUAAACAUCUGUUUCCAAAGUUGGUCGACCUUCACAAUUACCCCUCAGCCAACAGCCACACAGCCAAGGUAGUAAACUGGGAUACCUUGAAUAGAAAGGUGUUUAGCAAGCUGCACAUCCGAGUUACCCAAGAGUUGAUCCAGCAGAUCGCAGCAUGUAUUCCGGGUGCUCUAGAAUCUGUGCUGAUGGCUGUCAAGGAGAAGGUGGAGGCUCACAGAGGAAGAAUGGAGGCAGUUCGGUCUCCUGAUGGGUACCAGCAGUUUCGGGGUAAUUAUGAAUUCAGGUUGUUUGGGAAUAACAAUGUGGUUCAUCUGGAGAGCUUGAUUGACAUGAAGGACAAGAGGCUCAAAGAGUUAAUGGCGAGUGGUGGACCGUCUCCAGGCGCAGUCGAAAGGAGUCUCAGGAGAGUUUUUGUACCACAACAGCAGGAAACUGAAUGGUAG